AUGUCCUUCAAAUUUGAUGAAGUAAUGUUUAAGAAAGAAGACAAAGUUUCGUUACUGAAUGAAGCCUCGGACGGCAGCGCUGAUAGCCGCUUGGUGGUUGUGCCAGGUGUGUUCCUGGCGGAACCGCAGACGACUCCGGUGGCAGUGGCGCGUCCGCCACCCGACCCGGAAUUCGACCCCGAGACCUCCACCAACGUGUCCGCACGGCUGGGAGCCACCGCCUCGCUGCACUGCCGGGUCAGAAAUCUGGGCGAACAUUCGGUGUCGUGGGUGAGGAAACGUGACUGGCACAUUCUCACGUCCGGCCUCUUCACGUACACCAACGACGACCGCUUCCAGGCGUCGCACUCCAACAACGGCGAGGACUGGAGCCUCCACAUCAAGUACGUCCAGAAGAGGGACAAUGGUACUUACGAGUGCCAGGUGGCGACUGGCAAAGGCACGAUCACGCAGUAUUUCCACCUGCACGUCAUAUACCCGACUGCCUUCAUCCUAGGCAACGGGGAAUAUCACAUCGGCGAAGGCAGCACCAUCUCUCUCGUCUGCAUCAUAGAAUAUAGCCAGACGCCGCCGCAGCAGGUGGUGUGGUCGCACAACGGCCGCCCCCUCUCCAGGGACGGCGCGCGCGGCGUCGCGCUCAGUACGGAGCCGGGGCCGCGCACGCACUCCCGCCUGGUGGUGGCGCGCGCCGCCCGCGCCGACGCCGGCAACUACACCUGCGGCGCGCCCGGCACCGAGCCCGACACCAUCAGCGUCUACGUCUCGGAAGGAGACAACACGGCGGCGAUCCAGCGGCAGGAGGCUUCCCGGGCGCGGCGCCUGCACCCCCACCUCGCGGCCGGGGCGCACGUCCUCUCCCUUGCGCUCUUCGCCGUCGCCUGCAGCCUCUACUGCUGA